UUGCUGCGAGUUCGUGUGGAAGGCGCGGUCUGUCCUGUAAUCUAGGAGUGAGCGUAGUUUUGUCAUUCGACGGUUUGGGAGGGUACGGGAAAUCUAGAGCGAUUAAACAAAUAGAAGCCGGAGACCCAGCACACAUCGCCGGCCUGCCAUGACGCAAAACUCCGCUAGCAAGCUACUGAAUGGAGACACCUUACACCGGACGAAACAAGACAAGAAAGCGGGCGGAAAUGGGUUCGUGAAGAACCACUGCUUGUUCCAGCAGCAGCAGAAGCGAUACCGCCGCCCGGCGGAGAAGAGCCAUCAUGCUUCACGCACUUUACUUUAUAAAAAAACAUUUGUGGAGUCGUUUGAGGAGACGCCUCUGCUGGUUGCCGUCCUCACCUACAUGGGCUACGGCAUCCUUACCAUUUUUGGCUAUCUGCGAGAUUUCCUGAGGGACUGGAAGCUUGAGAAGUGUCAUCUGGCCAGAGAGAGAGAAGAACAGAAGGAUUUUGUUCCACUGUACCAGGACUUUGAGAACUUCUACACCAGGAAUCUGUACAUGAGGAUCAGAGACAACUGGAACAGGCCCAUACGCAGCGUCCCUGGAGCCAAGAUGGACCUUGUGGAGCGGGUCACACCUGACUACAACUGGACCUUUGAACACACAGGAAAGGUUCUGAAAGAUGUUAUUAAUAUGGGCUCGUAUAACUACCUCGGCUUUGCUGAAAAUACUGGCACAUGCGCUGAUACUGCCUCUGAGUGCACGGAGAAAUACGGCGUGGGGGUGUGCAGCACCAGGCAAGAGCUAGGAAAUAUUGACAAGCAUGAAGAGCUGGAGAAGCUGGCGGCCAGGUUUUUAGGGGUGGAGUCAUCCAUGGUCUUUGGAAUGGGCUUUGCUACAAAUUCCAUGAAUAUUCCUGCGCUCAUGGAAAAAGGCUGUCUGAUCUUAAGUGAUGAGCUCAAUCAUGCAUCUCUGGUUCUGGGUGCCCGUCUCUCUGGCGCUACCAUCCGUGUAUUUAAACACAACAAUAUGCAAAGUCUGGAGAAGUUGCUCCGGGAUGCUAUGGUGCAUGGCCAACCUAGAACCCACCGGCCCUGGAAGAAGAUCCUCAUCCUCGUUGAGGGAAUUUACAGCAUGGAGGGCUCAAUAGUGCGACUUCCUGAGAUCAUUGCCCUAAAGAAGAAAUACAAAGCCUACCUGUACCUGGAUGAGGCCCAUAGCAUAGGGGCACUAGGACCAAGAGGCAGAGGUGUAGUGGACUACUUUGGCCUGGAUCCAUGUGAUGUUGACAUCAUGAUGGGCACUUUCACAAAGAGCUUUGGUGCCGCUGGAGGAUACAUCGGAGGAAAGAAGGAGCUGGUUGAUUACCUCCGCUUACAUUCUCACAGUGCAGUUUAUGCUACCUCAAUGUCCCCGCCCAUCACCCAGCAGAUUAUCACUUCAAUGAAGUGCAUUAUGGGAGAGGAUGGCACCACAUUAGGUCAGGAAAGACUCUGUCAGCUGUCAGAAAACACAACCUACUUUCGCAGGAGAUUACAUGAGAUGGGCUUUAUCAUCUAUGGGAACAAUGACUCCCCUGUUGUACCCUUGAUGCUCUACAUGCCAGCUAAAAUCGGAGCAUUUGGGCGGGAGAUGCUGAAGAGGAACAUUGGGACAGUGGUGGUUGGGUUCCCUGCUACGCCCAUCAUUGAGUCCCGAGCUCGUUUCUGUGUGUCUGCCGCCCACACGAGAGAGAUGCUCGACACAGCUUUAAAUGCCAUCAGUGAAGUUGGAGAUCUACUCCAGCUGAAAUACUCCAGAAAAAACAGACGUGGGAGUGAAGGAACUGACUGUUUUUCAUAUCUGGAGAGCCACCUUGACUAGCACUUUCUCAUGAUGGACUGAUUGUGUCUUUCUUCCACCCCAGAGCGAUUUAUGUCAUACUAAAGCAUCAUUUUCAUGUUGAUUCAUUUCAGUGGAGACUCAUUGAAGCCCAUCAACUGACCAAAUUUCAAGUCUUACCUUUGGGUUAAGUAAACAAUAUUCAUUUCAUCGUGCAGUAUCAACUGUAGUGAAGACUCCACAUCACUGUGUUCAGCAUCAGAAAUGACACAGGAUAAAAGUUCAUGCCUUAGUGUCAGGGCUAAUGUAUCCUUCUACACAGUCUGAAACAAAUGAGAGUACACAAAAUUAUUUUCUGAUAUUUUAUACAAAUAUGAUCGGUGUUUCUGUCUUGUUUUCCAUUAAAAUAUGUUAAAUAAGAUUAAUUUACUCAGGGUUAAGGUUAGAUAAUAGUCUUUUUACUCCAUUUGCAAACAAAGUUCAUAAUAAAUUUAGUAAAAUUUAGUAAGAUUUAUGCUUUAAACGAAAAAACAAAACAAAAAACAGCCAGUGGAGGACAAUAAACUUAAUUCAAGACAUAUAUUGUCUGAGAAGUCUUAUUAUAUUAUAGUUUUAUUUUCAAACUAGUAAAGCUUUAAGCAAAAUUUAAGGAUAUUUAGAUUUUUACUGCAAAACAAGACAGAAAUCCUGAUUAAGAAAAUGAUUUUUUUUUUAGUGUACAAGAAAACAGUGACCCCCACACUGGCAUAUAUAUAAAGAAAUCUACUUAUGAAGGACAGAAAUUAUUAUAAACCGUAAAUAAGAAUGUGACUUCAUAUCUAUAUAUAUGUAUCUAAAAAAAUAAUAAUAUUGACGUAUUUAUUAAUGCACAUUUCAAUGUGUCUGCAUUUAACUUAUCACAUACUUGCUUUGCGAAGGUCCACAAAUCUUCAAAUAUCAAAUAUUUUUUUCACAAUGCAAAUAUCACCAAGUAGCUAAAUUAGCGAUGUCUUAAUGAACCAUUUCAAAAGGAAUAUUAACAACAUUUGUUUCAUCAGAACUUUCUAGUAUGGAAAAUUAUGAUGUUUUCUGUAUUUUAAUUUGAGUUGUGGUACUUUCCACAAAUAGGGUACAGUUUGGUGUCCCUUUAUUUAUUUAUUUUAUUUAGUUUAGUAAGCACUAGAGGAACAAAGCCCAUUAAUUAGCCCAUACAUUUCCAAACAUUAUUUGGACAUUUUUUUGUUUUGUUUUUAAUUUAAUUUUUAUUGAUAAAUAGAAAAAAAAUAACAAUCACAUACAUCCUGGAUUUGUUAAACUGUAUGUACACGUCUCAAAUUUGGUAAUAAUGUUUUAAAAACUGCAAACAUCAUAAACAUAUAAUAUUUAGUUAGACAUUUUCUGAAGGUUAUGCCUUACACUCGCCAUCUGUUUAAAAAUGCACUUUUUACCCAGAAUUUCAGGACUUAAUUUGUGCUCUAUUUUUGGAAGGUGCCUUUAUGUCUUACUUGAAUGUCUGUUACUUGCUGACAGUUUGCACAUCUCACAACUAAGUAUGUCAUCUGCACUUACUAAGUUUAUGAUGUCUUAGCCAGGGCAUUUCACAAAGACAGAAAUCUUUCAUUGAGCCAACAGAAAUAGACUGACAUUGUUCAUUCGUUUCAUUCUUUGUCUGCUGUUAACAGACAGCAGUGAAAAAUGUUUGUUGCCUUUUGUAUUGUUAUAUAGUUGCUUUUGAUUUGCUCAUUUUAAGAGAAAUAUUUUUUUUUUAAGAAUUUGUGUUCUUCUAACCAAAGUGCUAAAUACGGGUCACUGAUAUAUGAUAUGAAAUGAGCUCUUGUCUGUAUGUAUGAUGAUGUGGCUUAUGAAUGCCUGUCGGAUGUACAUUUUUUUCACCUUAAUGUUUUUUUCUCCAUUCCCUGUUGUGUUUUUUGAGUCUUGUUCUUAAUCGGAAAGGCAGCUCUGAAUGUCUCUGAAAGCAGACAUAAUAUGUAAGUGGGACUAUUAUGAACUUAGAGCUACUAAUGACUGUUAAGAGAUGCAGAUAUGACGUCGGCACACUGGCUUUAAGCAGCCUGUAUAAAUGCAAGUAAUGCCACCGAGCUGCAUUUGACUGUGAAACCAAAGGGCAUUCCACAGUUUUUCUUUGUUUUUUUCUUAUACAUUUUGAGUUGCAUUUUUCAUCAGAUAUGCAUACUAUCACAUUUGUCACACUUCUCCAUGCAAGAAACUGAAAUUCAUUGAAUGUGACUGAUCAGUUGUUUCUGAAGAUAAUUAAAUAACUUAUAUUGAA